UCAGUUCUCAGCUUGCUGCCAAGUUGUGAAUACAAACAACCUCGUUUUCAUCAGAAAUCGCACUUCUACCACCAAGAUCAAAUCACUACAAUGGCUGAACUCAUGAAACUGAUAGAUACUGAUGGUGCCUUCAAGUCUGCCUUGAUGCAGGUAAUUUGCUGUUUUUUUCUUAUACAUAAUCAUCAUCACCAUGUACUAUCUGCUACGUCAUCACCACCAUGCAACUGGAUCUUUGCAAAAUGUCACUAUCAACAUAUUACAGGUGUGCAAGAAAAUGAGCAAGCUGAUCGGCUUGCAGUGACAGGAGCGAUUGUUGAUGCUCACAUGAACACAACUAUCAACACAUUUGCUAAUGUGGAAGCAGCCAAUGAAAGAAUAAAGAGGGAAACUGCUGAUAUGCCUGACAUGUCUUCGCUGUCAAUCAACAGCACCAAUCUGUGGCAGCACUUUAUGGGCGCCAUGUUGCCAGAAAUCACAAAAGUCAUCCAGUUCUGCACAAAACUGCCUGGCUUUGCUGAAAUUGACCAAGAGGACAAAAUUAAACUGAUUAAACAGGGCUGUUUUGAGGUCAUGGUGGCACGCUUUUGCAUCCUAAUAGAUCAUGUCAAAGAGGAGAUGCUUGACCCAACUCUUCAAGUAAAGGCACCAAGAAACAUGGUGCAGUCAAUGCCAAUGGGUCCCUUUUUGGACCAGUUCUUUAAUGUUGCAAACCAGUUCAAUCCGCUGGGUCUUAACGACGGAGAAAUCGGACUCUUUACUGCAAUCCUUCUGAUUAGCCCAGAACGACAAAGCCUAAAAAACCAAGCAGCAGUCAGUGCUCUUCAGCAGCUGUUUAUUCAGUCACUUUACUUGAAGUUGAAAGAGAGCCACCAAGAUGCUGAACAAACAUUGACUUCAUUGAUAAAUCUGGUGCCAGUUUUCCACAAAAUCAACGAAGACCAUCUGAAGUUUCUGAAGAUGAUCAAGAUGAAAUCUCCAGCCGACUUUGAGAAGAAAUUCCCUGCCCUUCAUAAAGAACUGUUUGACACCUGUUAA